AUGGGCAGAGCACAUGUUCUACUGAUCUAUCCCAUGAAGAAGGUCACAACAUUUUUUUGCCCAGACAUUGUGCGACUUACGUGGAAUGCAGCAGACACGCUCGAGGAAGUACUGCCCGGACGUAACGCAGAAGCCAUUGGUUCAAAGAGAGGUGUCACAUUCGGGCACCGCACCAGGACGCCAUCCCAGGGAAUGCAAGACUAUGAGUUCCAGCACCAAGUGCUGAAAAAUCUCAACAUCCUAAGGCUGUCGAUUCAACAACGGGGGAACUGCUCUCAGGCCUUGUACCUUCUCAGGGCUCAUUCCUAGAAAUUCCCAAGCUACUCGAGAAUCCCAUGAACACUGUAGAGGAGUUGGAGUCAUUCGACGCACAACUGACGCCAGAGCGGGAGAAACAGCUAACAUUGGAGCUAUCUAUCCUCGGCGGCAGUUCAGCAAAGGUAGCCACCAGAAGAAUUCUGGCUUACAUCAUGAGCAACGAGCUUGGAUCCCAAUAUAGUUGGGAGGGGAGAAAGGCGAAAUACCCCUUUAAAGACCUGAGCCUAGCAAAAGUCAUCCUGCGAACAAUACACACUCACAAAAAAUUUGCAAAGGCAACACGAUUUGACGUCGAGCACGAGGUGAAAAAGUGGCUGCGUCACGCCAGGGAGAGGUCCGAAAGAUCGAAAUCAAUA